AUGUCUUCAAUUCGUAUCAAGCGGUCUGGAUCUGACAUUUUGAAUGCGCCUCCAGCAAAAAAGACGCUCGUAAUCAAAUUUCCGGUUGGACGUAUGAGUCUCGUGGAUGCAGUUGAUAUAGCAGCCAGAUACAACGGAACUUUGUUUGCCAAACAUACCCAGGAAGAAUCUUGGAAAGCUCGCAUGACUAUCUUGUCUGCUUUUUCCGCCAAAUACAAAAAGCUGGUAGGUAAAUCGUCUAUCUGUAGCAGAUUAAAAUGA